UCAAAACAAAACGAAAAAGAAAACAGACUAGAGACAAACAGGAAGUAUAGCUUAACACGUCGCUUAGAAACAUGAACCAAGAAAAAUAUCCUCGGUCCUCAAUUGAGGAUGAUUUUAAUUAUGGCACGAAUGUCGCUACGGCAAGCGUUCAUAUCCGUAUGGAUUUCCUACGCAAAGUGUACACGAUACUAUCAGUGCAGAUCAUCCUGACUACAGCUUUGUCUGCUCUGUUUAUGUUCUGUGAACCCAUCAAAAACUUUGUACAUUCAAGUCCCUCACUGGUCUUGAUAUCUGCAAUCGGAUCUCUGUUUCUGAUCAUUGCCCUGGCUAUUUAUCGCCACCAGCAUCCCGUUAACCUCUAUUUACUUCUGGCAUUCACUGUGCUGGAGGCCGUGUCUGUUGGUACAACAGUGACAUUUUAUGAAUACUCAGUGGUACUCCAGGCCUUUGUGCUUACGUCGGCUGUCUUUGUUGGCCUGACUGCCUACACUCUCCAGUCCAAGCGAGACUUCAGCAAGCUCGGAGCUGGGCUGUUUGCAGGCCUUUGGAUUCUCAUCAUUGCUGGCUUUAUGAGGAUUUUCUUCCAAAACGAUACAGUGGAGCUGGUGUGUGCCGGCGCCGGCGCUCUGCUCUUCUGUGGCUUCAUCAUCUACGACACCCACGUUCUGAUGCGCAAGCUGUCACCCGAGGAGCACAUUCUGGCUUCCAUCAACCUCUACCUGGACAUAGUCAACCUCUUCCUGCACAUCCUGCGUAUCCUCGACUCCAUGAAGAAAAACUGAGAGGAGAACCUGCAUGCUCUUCCUUCUGUAAGAUGAUGCAGGGGGUUUGACCAUUGGAUCAUUUGGAUCAAUUUAAAAGGCAACGACAAGGUGAUCAUCAUCAUCAUUUACAAAUACAUAGCACCCCAGACUUUGAACAAACUUGGUCACAUGAUCAGAGGCUACUAAAUUGAAUAAUCAGUCCAUCACAAAUCAAGACAUUUAUUAAAUAUCGAAUUAAGAACGGAAAUGAUGUUGUGUGGAAAUCUGAGGUUUACAUGGUUAUGACUGCUUGUUGCAAACAUAAAUGCAUCCUCUUUCCCAUGUUCCAGGUCAUUGCAUAUAAUCACAGACAAGCACUGUAAUCUGACUUUAGAUGGACGUAGACAGUCAAUAGUGUAUAUGAAUUUCAGGUAUUUGAUGUGUUUUGUUUUUAAUAUUGUAGUGUCUGUGGCUCGGGAACGGAAGCACGACUCUUAAAGACGCCGAUUCACUGGUGGCAGUGUGAUUCCAUGUACUCUCUCUCUCUCUCUUUCAAUGUGCUUAUAAUAAAGCUGGGUUUUAAUCAUGUGGGUCACAAUGAAGUGCUGAUCACUUUGCUGAAUCAUUCAUUAAAAGGUCCUGGUAGUUCUUACAGCACCAUCUAACUCCAGAUAAACCUGAUGCUCCUCUCCCUCAUGGUCAUACUGUUUUAUGGCCGCCGCAUGUUUCGAAGAAGAAAUAUUGAAAGGAAGUGUGCAUGGUGACUUUAAUUGAAAAACUCUGAACUCUUCAAAGGGUCAAGAGCAUCUCGAACAUGUGUUUUUAGACAGAGAUCUUCUUUUGAUCUUGCUACUCUGUGCAGUACCACAUUAUAUACAUGCUAUAUUUUAAGUAUUCUCCUGUGAAUCUAAUGAAACGUAUGUUUUCUUGCAUUUCGUUGUAAUUUAUUCGCAUACCUAUAUGUGCUAUACUAUUGUACAUAUUGUAGCUGUAGCUCUGUUAUAAAGCAUGUUAUUGAUUGACAAAUGAUGUAACAUAUGAUUCGCAACUCUAAUAUCAAUGGGGAUUAAAAUUCUGUAUGCAUAAAAUGAGAAGUAAUAUAUUAAAUAUUUGACCUGCUA